GCCUUACCUGAGAGUAUUAUUAUAUCAUACUAUAAUAUCUGUUUGCAUGGGAACCCUUAGAUAGAAUAGUUUUUGAAGGAUUAACUUUAUUUGAUGCAUGAGAGGCAAUCGACAGGGUAAUCUUUUUUAUUUUAUUUCCCUGGCUUUGGAGGGCAUCGUGCUCUACGGUACUGUAGUUCACGUGUGGUUGGUUAUCCACUAUCCGAGUGGGGCACUUUAAGGGCCUUGUGCAUGAUAUGAUGAUAAUAAUAAUAUUAUUAUGAUAAUAGGGGAGGGGGGAAACAUUCCACUGCAUCUCGUUGAAACAUUGGCAUCGGACUUACCUCCUGAUGUAUAGUAUGAUAACCCACUGCACGUUUCAGCAUCUUAUGCUGAGGUUCGCGAGAGCCUCAACAAUACGGCUCAUUUCCGAUUCAUCUUUUCUUUUCUUUUCUUUUCUUUCUAGAAGGGUGUGCGGUAUGAUACCUCGAAGAAGUUUGUGGUUGUGAACGGACAGACAAGAAAUUGUCUGACGUUCGUCAUGAGUUAUCAACCGUUUUUGCAACUGUAUCAUACCAAGACAAUUGGGUGUAUUGCCAAGACCUUCUAGGACCCCGGGUAUUCGGUUCAACCAGGUUCCGCAGUGAGAGGUAACUCCCUGGACACCCUCCCCCCCCCCUGUCACAAAUUAAUACCGGUAUCUGUGGUUCCUCAUGGGAAGGGAAGGGAAGAGGAGUCUUGUCAUCUACCCUACUUUUUAUUUUGUUCCCUUCCUUCUUCCGGCACGGUACUGAUACCCUAGCAUUUCGGGCAUCAUAUCAGGACCGAUUGAUUUACAAAACAUCUUAAAGCGUUCCAUUGCAUACACCGCCCUCUCUUCCCUUCAUUUCCUCCCCGGGAAGGCAAGAAAAUGCCCGACAUGUCACUACGCCGGUACCUGCCGUUUCUCCUCCUGGCUUUAGGCAUUCGCCUGGUACCGGUAACCGCCCACGAGCACCACGCAGAGGAGAUCCCGGAGGGGGAAGCGGUCUCUCCCGAUCCGCUGGAUUCGAUACUAUGGAUCCACAUCUUCACAAUGAUGGCCGCCUUCGGAAUGGUACUCCCGUUCGGAAUGGUCCUCGGGCUCGUCAGGAGUAGGUGGCACGUUCCCGUCCAGGUGUUGGGAUCCGUACUGGCGGUGCUGGGCUGGUUCCUCGGCCAUGCGCAUAAGGGGAGGCAAUUCGCGCCAAACAUUCACGCAGCCGUUGCAUCGUCGUUGAUGGGCAUGUUGGCUUUGCAGGUUGGCUUGGGCAUCUAUUUGAAGUUGCACUUGGAGAAGGGGUGGCAUGCCCUUGCCAGGCGGCACCUGGUUCGUUUGCAUGGCGUUGUCGGGAAGGUGAUGCCGGUGGUGUCCUGGACCCAGAUGUUGUUUGGGGGAAUUACGGCGUGAGUUUAUCCUUCGUUUAUUCGUUCAUGCAUUUUUGACCUUCAAUAUUUUUUUCUCCUCUAUGUCGGUGCUAGGAUUGUGGUUGGUUGUCGAUGGGCGAGAUUGAUGACAAUGGUUGCCGAUAGGAUGGGCUUUUGCCGAGCAGAUCACCAAGGGCAGUGCUUAGCGCAUUUUGUAGGUCAUGACCUUCUUUUUCGUCCAAUCUUGCCAUUUUUUUUUUGAGGGGGAUGGGGUUGCUGACUAGCCCUCCUUGGCGACACGGCAGAUUAUGGGCAGUUCGUUCAUAGGAUAUGGCAUAGUCAUGGUGAUUAUACUUUUUGCUGGUCAGGCUUGGUUGAAGAGGACCCGAAAGUCCCAGGAAUUUUGGGAUUCUUUGGUGAUCACCAUUUGGGGUAGGUUUCACUCAAGACCUAUGUCCUCUAUUUUGACUGAACUUUUGCAUUACAGGAUUUGUAAACACAUGUACGGCUUGCAAUUACCUCCAUUGGGUGGAUGUAUGGGGCUUGUACUGACGGGCGGUUUUAUCAGUUACGGAGCACAGGUGGGGCCAGGAGUGGGCGCAUAACGAUAUCCAGCAUACAUCCAUGGGUGUUGUCUGGUGGUGCGCGGGGCUCCUUAGACUAUGGCUUUCCCGGGGAGGGGACGGGCGGCCGAAACGAAACCUCAUUCCUGGGAUUGUGAUAUUCCUGACUGGAUAUGCUAUGGUAACUAAAACCGGUGCCCGUUUGUUCCGAUGCAUACUGACGUGAAAACGGUUCAAGUCCGCACAUCCCCAGCACUUGCCACUCUCAACCAUGGUACACAGUGUAUUUGGUUACACCCUUAUGGCAGCUGGGUUAGCAAGGGUCAUCGAGAUUGCGUUUGUCCUGCGAGAUAAACCUGCCCUAGAUGGGGAGCCGAGCAGUUUCCAGCAUUUGACACCAUUCGUGAGCGCCUCCCUUUUCAUUGGACCUUGUGUUCGUGUCCUUGAGUCGCUAUAUGCUAACUAGUUGUGUUGCCUUGUAGUUGCUCUUUGCAUCAGGUUUUAGUGAGUCCCGCGGUCCCAAGGGUGGCGGAUCGGGCACUACGCCGAAUUUCGGAUGCGUUUACUAACAGCCCGUGCUUUGACAGUUUUCAUGUGUGCUACCGAAGAGCGUACGUUGGUCUGUGCUCCUACGGUACUAGCAUUGGUUGCUGACCCUGUUUUAGAACUUGCACUUGUCAGCUCCGUUGGGAUCGAUCACGUAUCUUACCUUCUCGUCCUGUAUAGCGUGUCAUUCCUGAUGUACCUCUGUGAGUGCUACCGGAGCCAUUUCUAAAUUUAGGGGUUUGAGCUUUCCUAAUCAUUUUUUCAGUUACAAUGGUCCUCGUUCACACAUAUGUCUCGAAUCCCGCGGACGUAAAGCCAGCCGGUCCGGAAGAGCGCGGCAUGAAUGGUCACGCGGAUAGGAGAGUCCACGAUGCCGAAGAGUUUGAGCUCGAGGGCCUGAUCAGCGAAGACGAGGGGGAGGGGGAGGGCAAGCCAGAGUAGCCUAUGAAUUCACCUGCAGAGGGCCAAACGGCGAUAAUAGCAACUGUUGAUAAUAGGGGGAUUUGGGCCGCCGAGCUCUGUGGUGGGAGCCGUUUUCGGGCGGGGAGCAGGAGGGGUGCUACGGUAAUACUAAUAAUAUUCCGGCGUUGUGGGUGUUUUCUCUUUCGCGUCUGUUACCACGGGGUAAUCACAUACAUUUCCUUCCUUGUCAUAGUCUGGGGGAUAUAUCAUGGGAACUACCUACUACCAGCACUAGUUACGAGCAUAGCAGAGAAGGGUAUCAUAGCGGCCGAUGGUGGUGAUGGUAGCAAUGGUAGCUGUAGCUAUAAUAUAGGCACGGGCAACCCCCACCAUUGCAACACUCAGGUCAUGCCCGUACUCACGAUUUUCAAAAGUAUCCGGAAAUCUGUGCUUGGAUUGGUGUUUAUUGGCCCCAUCCAAUCAAAUCGAAUAAGAAGGCCGAGGGAAGGUUUCCAAAGGAAAAUUGUGCAAAUGCUUGAAGAAUACUGUCCGAGGUUGUGACUCUUUCUUUUUUCUUUCCUUUGAGAUAUAGAUAUUUAAUAUCAUGAUAGAAGUACUGGAAAUAUGGUGUGGCAGCUCGUGUUGCCAAGCUGUUCUCCAGACUUCCAGGUACCGGUACUUUUCUUUAUUUUUAUUUUUAUUUUUUUCGAGAAUGGCGAGCAGACUAAUGGUACCGAUAUC